GCGGUUCAAAAUAUUAAAAAUAAUGCGUAAUUUACGUAUAAAAGUGUAACAUACGUAGUGUACCUCAUGUCAUUAUUUUGGUGUUUGCGAUUUGACCGGGAAUAUUUUUUAUUUAAUUUAUUUAUUAUAGAUUGAUGUUUUUAAAACAUGGAUUCUCAAUUUAAGACAAUUCAUCCAGUAAAAUAUCUUCGAGAUCAUUUUGCGCAAGAAAUUCGUCCAGAUGGUCGAGAUUUUGUGUCAUUUCGUCCAGUUAGUAUAAAUGUUUCAUCAAUUAAACAAGCCGAUAGUUCCUGUGUUUUUAAAAUCGGAAACACUACUGUUAUUUGUGGAAUUAAAGCCGAACUUUGUACACCAAAAGCCUCAACUCCUGAUUGUGGCUUUGCGAUAGUAAACGUUAAUUUACCACCUCUUUGUUCACCUAAAUUUCGUCCUGGUCCACCGAGUGAGGAAGCUCAAUGCGCAACAAAAAUUGUUGAUGAAAUUUUAUCAAAUUCAGCAAUUUUAGAUUUAAAAGAUCUUUGUAUAUGUAAAGACAAAUUAGCAUGGGUUUUAUAUUGUGACCUCGUGUGUAUUGAUUUUGAUGGAUCCGUUAUCGACGUUUGCAUUGGAGCCCUAAUGGCUGCCCUUGAAACUUUAACAUUACCAGAAGUUACUUACGAUACAGAAACAAAAGUCAUAGUCACAAAUGCCGAGAAAAGAAUUCCUCUUCCACUGAAACCGAUAACCGUUUCAUUGACUUUCGCAUCGUUUGAUGAGCGAAUUUUAAUUGUUGAUCCUACAGAAGAUGAGGAAAAUUUAUCUCACAGUAAAAUAACAAUUGCCGUUAAUGCCAACGAUAUGUGUUUUGUUCAAAAAACAGGUGGAGCUCCAAUGGCAGACAAAUUAAUAACAAAAAGUAUAGCAAUGGCAAAAAAAAGAGCUGAAGCAAUAAGAAAAUUAAUUGAAACCGCAACCUCAUCACAUAAAGUAACUUGAUUUACAUAACAAAAAUUUUUUUUUACAUCUUUAAUAAAAAAUAAAUAAAAAUUGUAUUAUAUAUAUAUAUAUAAA